AAGAAAACUCAGUGCAUAAUCAUAAUAUAGCUGUAAAUUAAUUUGCAAAGAAGAUCAUGCACUCACUCACCUCAAUAACAAUGCUUUUGGGGCCAAGCAUGAGAAAGAGUGAGAGAGAGAAGAGAUCACUAUUUUUGUGAUGUCAUGACAAUAAACUGUUUAUUAUUAUUUUCUUCUAAUAUUAUGAAGAAAAUAAUCAUGCAAUUGUAGUUAUUAUAACCCCAAAAUUACAUGCAUUUCUUGCCUUGAUAUUCAUAUCCCUUUUCUCUUUCUUUCUAAAGAUUCAUUCUCUCAUUUUUUUUAUAAUGUACAUGCAAGAGCAUUGGAGUUUGCAUCACCCAAUACCAUAAUCAAUCUUUUAUAAUUUAAUUUUUAUACCAACUUUCUCUUCUGAUCUUCACUACUUACACAAAAUGGGUAGACCUCCUUGUUGUGAUAAAUCAAAUGUGAAGAGGGGUCUCUGGACUGCUGAAGAAGAUGCUAAACUACUUGCACAUGUUUCUAAACUUGGCAUUGGAAAUUGGACUUUGGUUCCCAAAAAAGCAGGUCUUAAUAGAUGUGGGAAAAGUUGUAGAUUGAGAUGGACUAAUUACCUCAGGCCUGAUCUAAAACAUGACACUUUCACUCCUCAAGAAGAAGAUCUUAUUAUUAAUCUUCACCAAGCUAUAGGAAGCAGGUGGUCUCUUAUAGCAAAACAGCUUCCUGGAAGAACAGAUAAUGAUGUGAAAAACUAUUGGAAUACAAAGCUUAGAAAGAAGCUGUACACAAUGGGAAUUGACCCUGUAACUCACAAACCAAUUUCUCAAAUUCUUUCUGAAUUUGGAAACAUCAGUGGUCUUCCUAAUAAUCAUCAUAUCCCAUCCACAAAUAUGAUCAGUAAUACUACUACUACUACAACUCCUGCUAGAAUUUUCUACAAUAAUAACACUAACAAUAUUGGAACAAGCCAUCAAUUUCAAGUAAUGACUAACCAAAACCUCUUUAACAAUAAUAAUAAUAAUAAUGUUCAACCACACUUUUUCAAUGAAGUAACUUCCCCUUGUUCUUCAUCAUCUUCUUCUCAUGUCACUGACUUAAGCUCACCACAAGUAGUUCUUUUCGCCCCGCCUCUGCCUCCGCCUCUGCCUCUGCCUCCUUGUAAUUCCAAUAAUUGGAGUGAGUUUUUUCUUGGUGACAACACUGAAGAUCAAGCAAAGGAGAAUGAUUUGGAGGGUUUUUUAUUGUCAUCAUCAUCAUCAUCACAUACUAACUCUUCAAAGUUAAGUAAUGGAAAUGGUAGUGAUCAAAAUGGUUCAAACAUUCAAGAGGGUCAAUUUGCUCAGAUGAUCAACAAUGAUCAUCAUCAUCAUCAUCUUCAACCCGAAAAUUCGUCAUUUGUGGAUGCAAUUUUGGAUCGAGACAGCGAAUUGCGAGCCGCCUUCCCCGAGUUCUUGGAUGGAUCUUUUGAAUAUUAGUUUCCAUACUCGUUGGAAUUGACAACAAAAUGUUUACAAUAAUACUUUCUUCUCUUCUUCUACUUUGUGUUUUUUUUUUCCUACAAUUUGGUGAGGGAAAUAUUAAUAGGACUUAUAUCUUGUAUUGCAUGUCAUAAAAAAAUUAUUGUGGUUGUUUUAUGUUUUACAAAACUUUUUAUGGCUUUGAUAAAAGCUUGUAAUUUUAGUUUAUUAAUAAUGCUAUUUGUGAGGUACUUUAGCUAUUA